UUCCACGGGGGCGUGUGGGGAUCCGUCUGCGACGACCAAUGGGAUGAGAGUGACGUGGAGGUCGUCUGUCGACAGCUGGGCCUGGGGGGUGUAGCACGAGCGUGGGGUCAGGCGUAUUUCGGUGCGGGGUCAGGCAGGGUAUGGCUGGAUGAGGUGCGCUGCACGGGGAACGAGCUGACCCUGGAACAGUGUCCUAAAGCUGCCUGGGGAGAACACAACUGUCUCCACUCUGAAGACGCAGGGGCCUCUUGUACCCCUCUCACUGAUGGUUCAGUGCGGUUGUCUGGGGAUAGUGGGAGCAGUGAGGGCAGGCUGGAGGUGUUCUAUAGAGGUCAGUGGGGGACGGUGUGUGAUGAUGGAUGGACUGACUCCAACACACAGGUGGUCUGUGGACAGCUGGGGUACAGAUCAGGGGAGUCUCUUCCUCCUGAGGGGUCAGAGGUCGGCCCAGGUGGGCAGUUUCCGGCGGGGUCAGGCCCCAUCCUAUUGGACGAUGUGAGCUGUACGGGGAAGGAGCCUAGCCUAUCACUGUGCAGCAGGAGGGAGUGGCUUAGACAUGACUGUUCCCACAAGGAAGAUGUCAACGUCCACUGUAGGGACAAACUCACACACACCCUACACAGUGUCCCGGUGAGACUGGUAGGAGGGGAGAGUGUUAAUGAGGGGAGAGUAGAGGUGUACCUCCAGGGGACCUGGGGGACGGUGUGUGACGAUGGAUGGACAGACGUAAACGCAGAGGUGGUGUGUCGACAGCUGGGACACAGUGGAGUGGCGAAGGCCCGUGUGAUGGCGUAUUUUGGCGAGGGGGAGGGGCCUAUCCAUGUGGACAACGUGAAGUGUUCCGGCGAAGAGCGUUCAUUGGUCGACUGCCUCAAACAGCCAACCGGGACGCAUAACUGUCGCCAUAGCGAAGACGCCGGGGUCAUCUGUGACUACGGCCAAUCACAGUUCAGCGACACAGAGGGCAAAGGUACGGUGGAGUCUGUGUCAGAUCCUGUCUGUGGGUUGAGACUGAUACAUACACGCCAACGCAGAAUCAUAGGAGGAGAAAACUCACUGAGGGGAGGCUGGCCAUGGCAGGCUGCGGUGCGUCUCAGAGGCUCCGGGGACGGAAGGUUGGUGUGUGGAGCGACUCUCAUCAGCUCCUGUUGGAUACUCACCUCAGCUCACUGCUUUAAGAGGCAUGGUAACAGUACUAAACAGUACAAGGUGAGGGUUGGGGAUUAUCAUUCUCUGGUUCCCGAGGAGUUUGAGGAGGAGUACGCUGUCGAUCAGAUCGUCCUGCACCCUAGCUACCGUUCCCACAGCAACGACUACGACCUGGCCUUGGUGCGUCUGUCGCCGGGAGUGGCAGGGAAGGGCCGCGGUCGAUGUGUGGCGUUCAGUCGCCACGUCCUGCCCGCCUGUCUGCCGCUACGCAAGGAGAGAGUCCUGAAACAGGCUUCCAACUGUCACAUCACAGGCUGGGGGACACAGGUCGCUCCUACUCUAAGACCCUCCAACAGGCUCCUCUCUCCCUCCUCCCCCCCGUCGUCACUGCCAACAGCGUUACCACGGAGCCUUCACUAGCCGCAUGCUCUGCGCCGGGACAGACGGCCAAUCGGAGCGCCGCGUGGACAGUUGCCGUGGAGACAGCGGCGGCCCGUUGGUGUGUGAGCGUCCGGGCGGAGGGUGGGUAGUGUACGGUGUGACGUCGUGGGGUCACUCCUGUCGCACGCAACACUCACCUGGCGUCUACACUAAAGUCUCCGCCUUCACACCCUGGAUACACAAGGUGAUUGGACAAUGAGAGGGAUACAGGAACUGGAUCGUCAAGGUGAUUGGACAAUGGGAAGAAUAUAGGAAGUGGAUCUGCAAGGUGAUUGGACAUUGGGAUAAGGGCAUGAAGAGAUGACAGCCAAUAUGAGACAGUGGUAGAUAACGGACUGGCCAAUUGAAAAGGACUAUAUUUGGAGCUUGUGAUUUGAUUGGUCAGUAAAAUAAGUGGUUUCAAACCAGUUGAAAGGCUUAACCAAUCUCACCCCUGUCUCUCUUUCAUAUCCACCCCUCCCCCUUUACCCCCCCUCUCUCUCUCUCCUUUCCCCUCUCCUCUUC